AUGAAUACUUUUCAAGCAGCUGCAGGAAGUCAAACCGAUCCUGCAUCACUGAUAGAUCAGGAUCCUCCGGUGUGGCCUUUAAUCAGCUCGUCUGAUAGCAACGCCUAUCCCUAUCAUUCUGAGGAACAGCCCGUCUCGCUUCUAUUAUUACCAGGGUCAUAUCUGCCCCGGAAACGUCCUGUUUGUGAAGCCAACGAUUUUCCUGCAACGACGAUACCACCCAAGCGGAGAAGAAUUGAGGACUUUGACUUCGGGAAUACCUAUGAUCAUGUACCGCCAGCUAAUCCCUCAAGCUUGGCUCUUCCACCCGCUCAACGUUAUAAUAUGGACUCCCAUGAUAGCUCCAUAGUGCACGGGUCACCCUUAGAGGCACCAGACUCUUCACUCCGGGGUACAAUGACGUUGUGGGAGCCAAUGACAGCAGUUGAUCUUACCUCUGUGCCGCUGUCGUUAUAUUCCCACGCCCGGACUCUUUACGACCCAGUUGCGCCCACAGACGACCUGACUAUGAUAGCUGGGAUUGAACAGCUGGACGAGACCCAACCCAGCAUGUGCCACGCGAACUCUAUGGCACCAGUUGCUGGCUCGAGGUCGCUCAUACAGGACAAUACCGCAUGUAUCCGGCCCAAUGGACUCUUUGGGACGAACCUCUACUACCAUCUUUCUGCUGAUCUCGCCGGCUCACCGGACCAACCAGUUGACCAAUACGGCUGUUCUCUUGGAAUCGCGUACACGGCCCCCAAAAUGAGGGGUGACGUUGGGCUUCCCACAGUUCCAGCGAACCCCUUGUAUUCGAUGGAGCAGUACCCAGCGCCUAUCACUGACGACAUCUUGAACGACUCUAUGAUGACUGAGAGCGUUGAUGGGUCUCUCCCGACUCUGUCUAUUACUCCCGAAUGCUCCUCAUCCAGCGCAGUCAGCGGCAUGCUGUUAACCAACCCGUGUGAUAUGGUCGCCACAGCGCUGGCAGUCCCUCUGAUGGAGCAUCAAAGGCAGGGGCUACACUGGAUGAGGAGCAUGGAGGCAAGCUAUCGGAGAGGGGGCAUAUUGGCUGACGACAUGGGACUGGGGAAAACUGUGCAGGCGUUGUCCCUCAUUGUCUCCCACCCUUCACGAGACGUCGAGCGCCACGCCACCUUGGUGAUCACGCCAGCGGGCCUGGUGCAGCAGUGGAAGCACGAGAUCCAGCAGCUACUGCGCCCGCACCUGCAUCAAUGCCACGUGUAUGUGCACUAUGGGGACAACCGGGGCAAGAGCUUCUCAACGCUGAAUCAAUACGAUAUCGUCCUUACCUCGUUCGGAACGAUUACCGCUGAGCUAAGGCGAAGGGACCAGCAACAAGGAGAACGCGGCUGCAGCCCAUCUACCAGCGACUUGCCGUUAUUGGGUUCAACCAGCAGAUGGCACAGAGUGAUCUUAGACGAGGCACAGUGCAUCAAGAAUGAUCGGUCUAAGGCCGCCGCAGCCUGCUGCGCCGUCGACGCUACGUAUCGGUGGUGUUUGAGCGGGACGCCUAUGAUGAACAGCUUACCGGAGCUCUAUUCCCUGUUGAAAUUCCUUCGCGUGCAGCCGUCCUCCGACCUCGACAUUUCCACCAUGGCUUCCAUACCACCGCUCCAGAGCAGCUGGGAGCCCCUCCAGGUGCGCAGGAUUGCACAUCUUCGGGGAUUGAUGAACACGAUGAUGCUGCGCCGGACCAAGUCAUCUAUUAUCCAGGGCCUGCCCAUCAUCCAACUGCCUGCCAAGACAACAGAGAACGUGUAUGUAAGCUUUACCGAGCAGGAACGCAAGCUUUACACUAUGCUGGAGAGCCACUCACGACUACUGUUCAACCGUCAUCUGAAUGGCGGGAUCUCCGGCCGAAACAAGUCUCGCAUGAUGGGCCUACUUCAGCGCCUCCGGCAGGCAUGCUGCCAUCCUUUCCUCGUCUGUGAUUUUGCCCUAGCGGUGCUCCAGUCACCGGAGAGUAGGGAACGCCGCGAAGGGAAUGCCGGGUGCUUCGCCCCCGCAGUUAUUGCUCGGCUCCGGAGCAAUGAGAGCAUCCUCGAAUGUCCGAUCUGUUACGAAAACGAUGUGGACAACCCCGUGAUCUUCUAUCCCUGCGGUCAUAGCGUCUGUGUGGGAUGCUUUACCAAGAUUUGCCGCGCGCCCAGCUCGACGCGGCGAGAAGCUGGCGGCGACGGGCAAAUGCUGUGUCCUAGUUGCCGGGGGAUCGUUGACCCGGCGAAAGCGACCGACUAUAUCUCUUUCGCGAAAAUAUACUCCCUUGUUUGCCCUGAAACUGGCGAGUCAGAAAACCUCUUGAGAUACCUCGGAAAACUGUUCGAUCGGUUCGAGAACAGCUGCGAAGGGGAUAACGAGGGUGGUAGUAGUGCUACCUGUGCCAGCGACGGCAGUAAUAAUAGUAGCGGUAACUUUGCAGAGGCCUGGAACUCUGACUGGGACGGACCGUUAGGCUUGAGCUUACCGGUAGAAUUCCGCAUGGUCCCCGAGCCACUUAGCGUUGCCUCCAAGCAAAGCUGGGCGUUACUGCGAAAGCAGGCGCUGACCAAUCCUGCCAUGAGAAGAAAGUACCAGCGACUCCUGGACGAAAAAUGGAUUACGAGCUCCAAGAUGGACAAGGCUUUGGAGAUCAUGCGAGGCAUCCAAGCCCGGGGCGAGUCCAGCGGCGAGCGGGAAAAGAUCAUCCUCUUUAGCCAGUUCACUUCUAUGUUAGACCUGAUCGAGAUCCCUCUCACACGCAAUGGCUGGGUCUACCGCCGUUACGAUGGGACUAUGAAGCCGGCCGAUCGUCAUUUGUCCACGGUAGAGUUCACGACUGAUCCCGACUGUUUGAUAUUGCUAGUGUCACUCAAGGCCGGGAAUGCAGGGCUGAACCUCACAGCGGCCUCGCAGGUGAUUAUCUUAGAUCCGUUCUGGAACCCCUAUGUCGAAGAACAAGCGAUAGGACGCGUCCAUCGGAUCGGCCAGAGGCGGCCAGUGCACGUUCAUCGUAUCCUGGUCCCAGAUACAGUGGAAGAUCGUAUCCUGGACUUCCAGGAUAGAAAGCGCCGUCUCAUCAAGAACAUCCUAGACGACAGGAUCGACGUGAAGCCUUUGAAGUUGAAAAAUAACGAUUUCGCAUAUCUCUUUGGUAUGCCAUAG